AUGCUUCGUCUACCUCCACCUAUACGGCACUUCCGCCCAGCCCAACAAUUAUUUUGCCUCCAAAAAUACACCACAAACGCCUCGGAAGAAUUGGCCUAUCCAGAGCACCAAACCUCAAACCACCAUGACCUCCCGUCAUUCCUCCAGUAUGCUUCCCGCACAGACAUGGACCCAAGAAGCACAACCUACGUAGGAACUCACUACGAAUACACUGUUCAAACCGCACUGUCCCGGAUCGGAUUAUCCCUCAAACGCAUAGGCGGCAAGUCCGACUACGGGAUUGACCUCAUCGGUACCUGGAACCUCCCGUCCUCACUCCAGCCCCUGAAAGUGCUCAUCCAAUGCAAAGCGUUAGCAAGCAAGGCUGAACCGAAAGUUGUGAGGGAACUGGAGGGAGCGUUUGUUGGGGCGCCGACGGGAUGGAGGGGUGCAGGGGUGCUUGGCUUUUUGGUCUCGAAGAAACCGGCUUCCAAGGGGGUUCGGGAGGCUCUGGGAAGGAGUAGGUGGCCAAUGGGGUAUGUGCUUUGUGAGGAUGAUGGGAAGGUGUUGCAGAUGCUUUGGAACAAGAGGGCAGAGCAGGAGGGGUUGGAGGGCAUUGGUGUUGGGCUAAAGUAUGCGGGUGGAGAGAAGAGUGAGAGGGAGGUUAUCCUCACAUGGAAGGGGGAGACUAUCAAGGAUUGA